AUGCGAGCCAUCUUGCCUGGCCGGCCCCAAUCAAAGCGGCAGGCUCUCAGCACUGCACAAUGGGAUGGCCUUCGUCUAGUGGCAUACAUCUCCGGAAAUGCGGCCGUCGUACUCAGCGGUCCUCAGACCAUCCUCCAAACCAUCUACGUCGACACGGUUGAUUCCUUAACCGCGAUCACUCUCGAGGAAACGACUGGUCGGAUAGCUUUAUGCGAUACUACACAUGUCUACAUUUACAGGCCGGUUGGUCGGGAAGAGGGUGUUCUCAGAUGGGUCCAAAUCCACGAGCUCAGAAACACGGCUGGACUUGAUGUGGCCUCGUUGUCCUGGGGUUCUCCGGAGGAGCUCCUGUUGGGCGGGUCCAGAUUGGUGCUUUGGUUUAUUCCCGAGACCAGUUCACCGACAAUCAUUUGGGAUCAGACCCUGGCGUAUCCGACGGCACUCGCCUACCUAUCCCGAGACAGCAGCCUAAUCGCCUCUGUUGGACCACAUGACCGGCUAGUCAAGAUCUGGAGGAGGCUCUCGUACGAAGUCGAUGGUACCAGAUUCGACGUCUCAUAUUUACCACACCCGGCGGCAGUCACCAACCUUCAUUGGCGAAAGCCAUGGCAUCUCGAACAGAAUCUGGACAACUUGCUGUAUACGUUUGGUUCCGACAACUAUGUCCGAGCAUGGACCACGUUCGACCCCCGUUCGCCAUCGGUUCUGCAACAGGUCGGGGCCAUCGACAUGAAUGCGUCGAUCCAACCUCGAAGGUUGAGCGUUAGUUCAAUGAGCACCAGACGAUUCGCCUUCAUUGUCGACAGUCGCGACUUUUCCAUUGCUACCGAAAAUGCCGUUCACGGAUCAAGUACCAGGACUGCCGAUCAUGCAUUGGAACAUCUCAUCGAGAUUGCAAAUCGGAGUCCUGAAAUAUGCAUUGUUCUUGAUGGACUUGGUCAUAUGUCGGUAUGGGGGUUGGAGAAUGCUGGAUACCGGAAUAGGAUUCCUCCAUCCGUGUUUCACAUCUCCCAUGUUGAUGGCAUGAAUAUCCAUGUCCCGCAAUUGAGCGACCCAUUGGAAGACUACGUCCAAUUUUGCGUCUUCGCUGGGGGUGUCACCCGUUCGUCCUUGUCUCUCCUUCUACACUCGUUCGCCGGCGACAUUGAUUGGUACGACAGCCAGAUCGCACAUCUCUUUGAUACCGCCAUAAGACACGAUCGGACACAACUGGUAUCUUCGCUGGCCGGCCACGGCGCUCCUAUCCAGAGAAUCGUACGGAAUGUCCUGGGCACCAUCAUAUUGUCCACAACCGAUGAAGGCCAGGCUAGUCUAUGGCAACAUGAAGGGAGCCACUCCACCGCACCGCUACUUCGGCGGAGUUCUCUUAUAGUGGGAGCCGACAUCAAGGAUGCGGUCAUUCUAUCUCGCGGAAGAUAUGCAUCCAUUCUGACUUCGAACGCCCUGGAGCUUUGGGAUGUUCGUGAAGCUAAGGCCCAAAAACUCGGCGUGCGACAGUUCGAAGCAAAUCGAAUACCGGAGCGCAUUACCCAAAGUCGGAUUGCCAGUGAACGAGCAUUGACGAGUCGUGUGAUCGUGGGCUACUAUCCAGACCAUACCACAGAAGCGUGGGAAUUGCUUCUCCCCGCCAAGGACGACGGCCGCCCCAGGAGAAGGGAUGGAUAUCCUGAAAUCAUACGAUCCUUAGGAUAUGUGCGAUUGCAUGUACAGAAUCGUCUCAACUCUUUGGUGGCGAUCUGUGACAAUAUGAGCACAAAUGAUCGACCGGCUGAUCCUCGCGAAAUCAAUGCACUGGGUUUCACCGCCGCGUUGGCAAAGAACGGCACGAUUGAGAUGGUCAAGUCACAGGAAGAGCCGGACUCGAACAAGCCACAUCUGACGUCAGGUGCGCUCCUCGAGACCAAUCUUCGAAAUCCAAAGGCGAUCGGUGCCAGCGGAUAUGGCAAGAUUGUUCUUGUUAACGACGAUAGCAGUAGUCUCAGUAUCUGGGAUGCCAAAACUGGUGCUUUCGAAUACGAGCAUGAUCUGGACGGAACCGACACCAUCAAAACAUUUGCCUGGGCGGUCUCGCCGCAAGGGUCUGCCUUGGUUGCCAUAUGCUUCGACUACCACGUCGUGGUUCUUUCUCACGUGAGAUAUAACUACCCCAAUCUCGAGAAUUCCUGGGUCGACCUCCGUCAUAUCCGAAUAAGAGAUUUCACCACCCACUCUAUCGGAGAUUUAUGUUGGCUUAGAAGCGGAGAUCUUGUGGUGGGAUCCGGUAUUCAAUUUUUCGUCUUCAAAGGCUAUGCCGAGAGUCAUCACAACCAAGAUGCGAGACCAUUGCGAGACGUUCGAAAGAAAAUUCAAAACGACUCCACUUUCGCUGUGAUGUCGAUGCUCAAUUCUCUGCUGCCGAUCUUCCAUCCGACAUUUCUGUGCUUGCUGACAUACUUGGGAGGCCUGAAGGCCAAUAAAGACAUUAUUCAUCGUUUACACCAUAAUUUGAAAUUCUUCAGUGAGGGAGACAACCUUUCGAGCUUCCUGGAUAUGCGCAUUGAAUCAAUCAUGCGAAGCGGGAUAUCGGAUCAAAGGAAGACGAAUCCAUAUUAUGACACCAACGGUACAGUCAACGGCGAGAUCGAGCAGGGGUCUAUUUCCAAUAUCGCCGAAAGCCUGGUUGAAAACUUGAAAAGGCACGAAUUAUGGCAACUUAACGGCGAGGAGCAAUCGGACUUGAUUAAGCAGGUCGAAGUCACGUCAGAACUGGAGAAACAAGAACGAUCAAUUGAUGCCAAUGCUCAACGCUAUCUUCAGGCGUUGUAUACUAGUAGUGAGAAAGAGGUCCCAUGGCGCGCCAUUGCUUUUGCGUCAUUGAGCACGUCUCAGGAUAUUCUUGUCGAUCUUGUCACGCGGUUUUAUGGCGGCAAACUUACUUGGGAAGCGGCGCGAAAGUCCGGAUUAUUCUGUUGGUUGUCUGACCUGGAGUCUCUUCGACUGCAAAUGGAGAACGUUGGUCGUACUGAGUUUACAAAGCACGAGGAACGCAAUCCUGUCGAUUGCUCCUUGUACUAUCUUGCACUCGGGAAGAAAACCAUUCUCCAAGGUCUAUGGAGGAUGACUAUGGGGGUUCGUGAGAAAGAAAACACCAUGAAACUGUUGGCAAACAAUUUCAAUGAACCAAGAUGGAAGUCGGCCGCCCUCAAGAAUGCCUACGCACUUAUCAGCAAGCGACGUUUUCAAUAUGCUGCCGCUUUCUUCUUGCUGGGGGACUGUAUAUGGGAUGCGGUCAACGUCUGCGUUCACCAACUGGAAGACCUGCAACUUGCAAUCGCCAUUGCUCGAGUAUAUGAAUCUGAACAAUGCCCAUCAGCACUAACGUGUCUGAUCGAAAAGAUAAUUCUGCCUCGUUCAGUGGAAAGCGAACAAGGGCGAUGGAUGGCUAGUUGGGCUUAUUCUCUGCUCGGCCAAAAAGAAAUGGCCAUCCAGGUCCUGGUACAACCUGUUCACAGGGUAAUAGGGAGGUCAUUGGACGACAUGGAAGGAAUGGUCAGAUCACUCAGCUACACGGCUAACGACCCCAUUCUUACCAUGCUUUACACUCAGCUACGGGCUUCACUGGUAAAACAGAACAAAUGGCGACAAAUCGUCAGCAGCAAAGAGGAGUGGAAUUUUGUUAUGCGAUGCGUGCGACAAUAUCUUCGAAUGGGUUGCGAUGUUCUCGCGUUAUCCUUAGUUAGGGACUGGGAAUUUGUUUCUGAAAGCGCAGAUCUUGCCCAGCGACAUGAACCUAACCCGGGCAUCCAGAGGCGUAAGACAUUUUUCGAUCUCGAAAAGGAAGAGGACGAAGAGAUGAUACUUAAGAUUCAGCCGGAGGACAAGAAACCUCUACCCACGCAGUUUGUGGAGCCAAGUGCGAAUAGUCUGUUGGACAGCUUCGGCUUUUGA